UGCCGUCGAGAGACGAGAGAGAGCUUAGCGAUUUUUUCACUCGCCUCGCACUCGAAAGGCGUCAGAAAGGUUUCUGAAAAAUUUAAUGUGCUCCGUUUAACUAUAGUUUUUGACCGGGAAACCUAAUCCAGAAUCAAUAUGAAUGUCGAGGAAGAGGUACUAAAAAUCCAGAAGAAGCUCGGUAAAAUGACCGCAUCCGAUGGGACGGGUCAAGAGCAAGCACUGGACUUGCUACGGGAAUUGCAGCGUCUGAACGUUGACUUGGAUAUAUUGACCAAAACACGCAUUGGGAUGACCGUUAACGAACUACGGAAGUGCAGCAAAGAUGACGAAGUGAUCAGUUUAGCAAAAUCAUUGAUCAAAAGCUGGAAGAGAUUCCUAGCUGCAACGCCUCCUUCGAAAGAAUCAACUAAGGAUUCAUCUAAGUCAUCGAGCAAAUCAUCCAGCAAGAAUAGCAGCAAAUCGGAUAUCAGCAGUGGCAAAAAAGAAUCCGAGAAGGAAAAGGAUUCCAAGAAACCUGUCCAGUCCACUUUCCCAGCUCCUUCCAGCAAUACUACCGAUGCUGUCCGCCUCAAGUGCCGUGAAAUGUUGACUAAUGCGCUGCGAGUGGAUGGAGAACCUCCGGAAGGCUGCCAAACUCCAGAAGAGCUGGGUGACGAACUGGAAGAAGCCAUCUUUGUAGAGUUCAGAAACACCGAUAUGAAGUACAAAAACCGGAUCCGCUCACGUGUUGCAAAUUUGAAGGAUCCCAAAAAUCCUAGUUUGAGGAGUAACUUUAUUAGCGGAGCCAUCACUGCCCAACGUCUUGCAAAAAUGACUCCCGAGGAAAUGGCCAGCGAUGAAAUGAAAAACUUGCGUGAUCGUUUCGUGAAGGAGGCCAUCAAUGACGCUCAGCUGGCCACUAACCAGGGUACCAAAACCGAUCUUCUCAAAUGCGGCAAGUGUAAGAAACGUAACUGUACGUACAACCAGCUGCAGACGAGAAGCUCUGAUGAACCGAUGACAACGUUUGUUUUGUGUAACGAAUGCGGACAUCGCUGGAAGUUUUGUUAAACUUCGGAACUAAUGUUUUCUCGUUUGAAUGUUUGAAGAAAUUUAAGCCCAAACAGCCCAUCCCCAGCGAGGAAAAGCAACCCCCGUAUAAUAUUUACUAUUAACUUAAGUAUAAGUGUUUGCUUACAAACUCGUAUUUGAACUGCUUGCUUCAGUUUUGAUACGGUCGAUGAUUUAAGUUCAAGAAAACAUUAUCACCUGGUGGACGAACACAACUAAUGUGUUGCUGUUUAGACACAAUAAGCAAAACAAUUGUACGCCUCAAAUAGUAUUUUGAGAGCUAUGUAGCCGGAAAUUCUGAAUAAAUGCGAGAAACAAAAUAGGAUCCUAUAGGUGAUCUUCAGUGCGUUGUUCAGUUUGUAGGCUGUCGAAAAGUUUACAAAAAUUAAUUUUAACAAUUCACAUUAUGCGAUAAUACAUGAAAAGUUACAGAAAACUGCAGUGUGUAAUGAAAUAAAAAUACAAAACGUACUAGA